AUGAGCAAUGCAGGAAAGAAGAAGGGUCUUUCAAUGGAUGAGAAAGUGUCACGGAUAGAAGAGUGGUUCGUUUCUCAUCCUUCACCAUACACUCUAAAAGACUUAAUUGUGGUAUUACCGAAAGCUACAGGUGUUAUUCCACAGUCUAUUGAAGAAUGUCUGGAAAUUCUUGUUUCAGAAAACCGUGUGCAACAGAAGAAAGUAGGCAUACAUGUUCUCUUCUGGAAAUUUCCAAAGACAGCUACACAAGAGUUGGCUGCCACUAUAGGCGGCAGUGGUGGUACUUCAGAGGCAGAAAAAUAUUUAAAUAUGAGUGUUGCCCAAAUACAAGAAGAGAUUGAAACAUUGAAGAAAAGAGAAGUAGAGGUGUGUCGACGCAUCAAAGAAGUUCGAGCAGAAAUCGGUAGUGAAGAGUCCGUGCGACAAGAUAAUGAGAAAAUUCUUCAACUGCAAGGGGAAAAGAAAACGCUUGAGUCAAAGCUAGAGAAACUCGCCGUGUUUGAUGCACCUAUGAUUAAAAAGAUAAAGGAGGCAACUACGAUUGCCUUGGAGGCGGCUAAUCGGUGGACAGAUAACAUGUACUCGCUGGAAUUUCACAUAUCCAAGCGGAUGGGCCUGAGUUCCCGUGAACUGCGUACACAAUUGCAAAUUGCACCUGAUAUUGACUACAUAGAGGAUGAAGACCUCUCACUCGGCGACAACUCCGUAAAGAAACGUAUGGCACAGCCAGAGAAUGAACCUCUGUUCAAAACCUAUACUCUUCGUGUUGAAAAGGAAACUGAUUGCGAGUCAAUGAAAUCAGGGUCACCAACAGACUUUCAUGAAGGUGAUACUUCCGCAGCACGGCAAACGAUCACUACAGUUGAAGAGCAGAGUGAUGCCACCCAUACAAAAACAGAAACUAAAGGGAUUGAUGUCAAACAACAUCAAGGGAAGCGUCAACGGGAUAAUAUUAACAAAACACCAGAUUCAUUAAUAGACUUGGAAAAGGAAGACAAACAAAGUGUGAAAAUUACAAAAGAACAUAAUGAUGAAAACGACACCAAAAGUCGCGUAAACGGUCGUAAUAAACGCCAUAAAAAAUAA